GAAGGAUUUCAAUAGAAAAAAUCCAAGAUGGCGCCUGUAAUGUAUGGGAUAUCGGUCCGACAUCCGAUAUCUGAUCGGAUAAUGUGAAAACGCACUAAAGCGCUUGAAUCGCUUAGGAGCAAGGCGUUGGCAGCUAUCGUACGAUGUCACGCAAAACAUAACCUAUAAACUUCAGCCAGCGAACGAAAGCAAUGCUGCCAUCAGCCAAAAACCUGUAUUACAGUGACACUAGUGACAUUACACCAGAUUCCCUGGUGAUAAUCAGACGUGAUAUAGCAUUACACAAUAUAAUUGUUAAAUAAUACGCGAUGUAAUGAUAAUAUUUUUAGGUUAAGUUUAUGUGACCGUGAAAAUAAAUGGACGUUGACAAAUAAUUGGUACAAGAGUGAUAUUGUGGUUUCAAAAAUUAAUAGGAAAAUUUUUUAUUCUGGAUUCGACGACCUCUAGUCAGUCUCGACAAGAUGGCGCAAUCAGUAUUUGGAGUUUGGGACUACGCCAUUAUGGCUUUAACGAUGAUCUCGUCCAUCGCAAUUGGACUAUAUUUUCGCUUCAGUGGUGGAAAACAAAAAACAAAUGAGGAGUAUCUUCUCGCAGACAGAAACAUGUCUAUACUGCCCGUAGCUGUUUCACUGAUGGCAUCAUUCAUGUCGGCCAUUACACUUCUCGGAGUGUCAUCGGAAAAUUAUUCCUAUGGAAUGCAGUUUGUCGUCAUCAACAUAUCAUAUGGCAUCGCCACACCGAUCGCGAGUCGGUAUUACCUGCCAGUAUUCUUCGGGCUACAGAAAACUAGUACUUACGAAUACUUGGAGCUACGCUUCGGGCCUCACAUACGAAUGCUAGCCUCCCUCACAUACACUUUACAAAUGGUGCUUUACAACGGAAUAGUCCUAUACGCCCCUGCUAUAGUCCUAGAAGCCGUCACGGGCUUGGACAGACUGAUAUCUAUACUAGUCGUUGGAUUGGUGUGCACUUUUUAUGCUACUUUAGGAGGUAUGAAAGCCGUAAUCUGGACUGAUCUUUUGCAAUCCUUAUUGAUGUUCGGUGCUGUGUUCAGCGUAGUUGUAUUCAGUUCUGUACAACUUGGAGGCUUUGGGAAAAUAUUUACAAUUGCAAAAGAGAGGGGAAGACUUGAAUUUGACAGUUUUAGUUUUGACCCGAUAGUGAGGAAUACUUGGUGGUCACUAAACUUCGGAGGUUUGAUUACCUAUCUAUCUCUUUAUGCGGUUAAUCACACUCAAAUUCAACGUCUCCAGACGGUGAGAACUCUAGAACGCUCUCAGGCGUGCCUGUGGUGGAGUUGGCCAGUGCUAUCGGCGCUCAGUAUCUGCACGUGCAUGAGUGGUCUUGGCAUCUUUGCAGUGUACAAAGACUGUGAUCCACUGGCGGCCGGCAGCAUUACUAAGAUGGACCAGCUUAUGCCCUACUACGUGGUGGACGCGAUGAAGACCGUGCCGGGUUUAGCGGGAUUGUUUGUGGCUGGUAUCUUCAGCGCGUCAUUGUCUACUGUGUCAGCUGCCUGCAACGCACUCGCCGCCGUCACACUCACUGACUACGUUGGCAAAUGGUGCCACGUGCGAGAUUCGUACAUCCCGUGGCUGACGAAGCUGGCUGCCUGCGGAUAUGGCCUCAUCUUCCUGGCUUUGGCCUUCGUGGCUGAACAUCUGGGGGGCUUGCUCCAAGCAGCUCUUACCAUCUUCGGGGCGGUCGGUGGACCGAUGCUUGGAGUCUUUACUUUGGGCAUGUUCACCACGUUCAGUAAUGAAAAUGGCGUUUGCGUGGCCUUACUCACCGGUAUGGCCGUGACGUUAUGGAUCAGUUUCGGAGGCCCCCGGCCGCCGCCCGUCAGCCUCCCCGUCAGCGUGGCGGGCUGUGCUGCCAACAUUACCUUGCCAGAAACUCGGACUGUAGAUCCUAGUGACUACUUCUAUUUGUACCGAGUGUCUUACUUGUGGACGAGUCCUAUCGGCCUAGUGUGGGUGCUGGUGGUAGGUUCCCUCGUGUCGCUAGCAUGGAAACGGCAGCACCCAUGGCAGCGAGCCGGCCUCAAGCACCCCGACCCCGCGCUCUUCACCCCUCCCCUCGCCCGCCGGCUGCGCCGCGCGCAGGAGACCAAAGCUGAUGUACAGAUGGAUGCUUCCUAUCUAUGAGCCUGCUUUGCGCUUCGUAUGAUAAAGUGCGAGCUGUUGAAGCGGUGAGCGGCCGAACAUUCAACGAUCUAUCUCGUGUAAUUUAUUUGUUUUUUUUUAAUCGAAUUUAGGUUUAAUUUUAAUAAUUAUUUAAGUAGCCAAUUCUAAACAAUAUUAUUAUUCAACUUAUGUUUUUGCUAAUCUAUUUUGGGGACAUAAGAAAUUGAAUCAAUAUUGAAACAAUCUCGUAUCGGUUAUACUCAAUUCCGCAGACAGAAGGCCAGCUUGAUAGAAUGUUAUAGCCGUCGUCUGAAAGUCAUACAGACUCCCAUUAAGAAAAUCUCGAACACAAGAUUUUGUUCGAUUGUUAUCAGUAAAAAUACAGUGUAAGAUACCACCCAGCGGCAUUAAAAUCACUGUUACAUUACAAAGAUGUUUGUAACUUCCUACAUAGGUAAAAUUGGUAUUUUGGACGGUUGUUUCAACGUGAAUUUCUCGAAUAUUUUAAGAAGUAUUGCUUUUGUUGUGAUUGUUACAUCUAUACCCUAUGAAAAAUAUGUACUUAGCAAUAGGU